AUGGCUUUGGAUAUGUUAGAGUGGGGUGAUAGUGAAGAAGAAAAUGAUGAAGCUGAGAAUGAAGGGGAACUUGGAGCAGAAGUUAACGAGAAUGAAGAAGUUGGCUCAAAUGGCACAAAUGGAGCUGGUUCAAGUGGCACAAGCUCACCUUCCAGCACCGGCUCACCUUCCAGUGAGUCACAUGAUGGGAAUUCCUUGAGUCCAGUUUAA